AACUAUAAUACGUAAUUCUCGAUUUUAUCUAAAAAAUCAGUAUAUAUAAAUGAUCAACGAAAUAAAAAUAAAAAACAAAUUCAUGAAUCGAAUAACUAUGAUCUAACAGUUGAAGGCCGAUUUGAAAUUCUUGGGACUCUCCACUCAUUAUGUAAGUAAGCACGUGCAUCCUGCGACACGUGCUUGGUAAAUGUUUCAACAUUCGUGGGGGACGAAUAUCGAUUUUUAUGUUCAAACUCAAACCCUAUUGGCCAAGGUCAAUCCCCCUUUGUUUCGUACUGUAAUCAAUGUCAAAAAAUUGGUAAACGGUCCAAAUUCGUGCGGUGUAAACAGGCAAAUCAUAACACUCGCAAAUCAUACAAAGAAAACAAUAAACAGAGUGGGAGCGAAAGUGGGGAAUGGUCGCCGCUCGAGCUUUGCCGACUCCGAAUUUAAACCAUGCCGUAAACAAAAUUAAAUCACGUUCGUAACGUCACUGGGUGCUGAAAAGGUGCGUAAUAAACAUCGAUCGUGUCGACAAAACAUUUUGUCGUUGUUUGUUUACCCGCGGUCCAACGUCGCAGUUUCCCUCGACCCGGUCCGGUGCGCGAACAAAAGGAACGGGAAUCGGUGCAGGUGGAAACGCAGUGCAAACAUGAAUUACCUAUACGGUACAGUGCAGACAUUGUCACGGCUCAUUUUCAAACGAAAACCGGAAUCGCCGCCGGAACAGCGUGAGAUCAGCAGAUUCGAGUAUUACGCGGAAGUUGUCACCGACCUUUUGGCAUGGAAGGACGUCGCGGUGACACUUCAGUUUUUUGUUGGUUUUCAUUUUGUUUUCUGGUAUAUAUUAUAUCUGGAACUGAAAUUCCUGGGUGUUAUUUUUCUGGCCCUACUAGUGUAUUUUGUAAUCGACAGUGUGAUGGAGUACAAGUACUCCAAUCAAAUACUCAGACCUUACUCAGAGGACUGUUACAAUUUUGAUAUCACCGAAUUGAUGCGCGGCAUUCUGGAACACAGAAAAGACAGACCUCUUUCGUUCUGUAUCAUGACAGUGUUUGCCCUGUUCCUUGUCAAUUCAGCAGCUUACAGACUGACUCAAGCCCUCUUCCUCUACAUUGUGUUUCUAUGUACCUUUUUGGGACCUUUAAUUUGGAAACACUUGCCAGAAGAUGUCAAAACUGCCCUCAAAGAUAAUUUGGGCAGAUUUCAGUCACAAGCAGCUGUUUUGGCUGAAGAAGAGCUCAUACCAUUUAUCUCAGAAGAAAGAGGUGAUAACCGGGAUCCAGACAGAGACAGUCUUCUUACUGAUGGCACUCAAGAUUCACUGACGAAUUCGCUGACGACGGGAAUCUCGGCGAUGCCCUCGCACUUGGACGUUAACGACGACGCGUCCCGCACCCCAUCCUUUACACCGACCAAAGGACUGUCCAGCGACUCCGAAUCGGAGUCCGAUUCCAACAAAGAGAUUUACUUUCACUCGAAACACUUCAACGGCAGCAGCUCGUCCGAGGACGAUCUCUACAAACAGAAAGGUGACACCUACAACAUUAUCCACGAAGUCGAAGGAUGCACCGUACGAUCGCUCUACUCGUCUGAGGUGAUGUGCGAAAUUUUGAGCAGGGAACUCGACGCAAUUCCGCCGAUGAAUCACGAAAAGCCGGAGCAGGAACUCAAGACUGAUGAUUACGAAAUAGUCGACAAGCAAGAUGCGUACCAACCGAUUGUUCUCCCCAUGUUUUACGAUCCGUGAUAUGUAUUUGUGAUAUUAGGGUAGAUUUAGGUUCUAAGGACACCAAGGAUUUUAUUUGAUCUCCUAUAUUGUCCUUUAAAAUUACGCUUUUCGAAUUAUAAGACUGAUUACACAACAGGUAUUAUGUUAAUAAGGUUGUGAUAUGAUAUCCACAAUGACAUAUUGUGGUUUCAGUAUUUUUUACCAUUGUGUAUUAACUAUACGAAAUUUUCAUUUUAUUUUCUUUUCUUAUUUUAUAUAAGUAUCUUUUAAACAUUAUAUACUAUU